AUGUCUCAAACAGAAACACAGACUCAGAAGUCACACUUCGGUGUAGACUUCCUCAUGGGCGGCGUUUCUGCUGCCAUUGCAAAGACGGGUGCCGCUCCCAUUGAACGGGUGAAACUAUUGAUGCAGAAUCAAGAAGAGAUGCUCAAACAGGGCUCACUAGACACACGGUACCUGGGAAUUGUGGACUGCUUCAAGAGGACUGCGACUCAUGAAGGUAUUGUGUCGUUUUGGAGGGGUAACACCGCCAAUGUUUUCCGGUAUUUCCCCACGCAGGCGUUGAAUUUUGCCUUCAAAGACAAAAUUAAAUCGUUGUUGAGUUAUGACAGAGAGCGGGAUGGGUACGCCAAGUGGUUUGCUGGGAACCUGUUUUCUGGUGGAGCUGCUGGUGGUUUAUCGCUACUAUUUGUAUACUCAUUGGAUUACGCAAGGACACGGCUUGCUGCGGACGCUAGGGGGUCCAAGUCGACCUCGCAAAGACAAUUCAGUGGACUGCUAGACGUGUAUAAGAAGACGCUGAAAACGGACGGGUUUUUGGGCCUGUACCGUGGGUUCGUGCCCUCAGUGCUAGGUAUCAUCGUGUACAGGGGUCUGUACUUUGGUCUGUACGAUUCUUUCAAGCCUGUGCUUUUGACGGGAGCUCUUGAAGGAUCCUUUGUUGCCUCUUUCUUGUUGGGUUGGGUCAUCACCAUGGGUGCUUCGACUGCGUCGUAUCCCUUGGAUACCGUGAGAAGAAGAAUGAUGAUGACUUCGGGCCAGACCAUUAAGUACGAUGGUGCUCUGGACUGCUUAAGAAAGAUCGUCCAACAAGAGGGCGUCUAUUCCUUGUUCAAGGGCUGUGGUGCAAAUAUAUUUAGAGGAGUGGCCGCUGCUGGUGUCAUCUCAUUGUACGACCAGUUGCAACUGAUAAUGUUCGGUAAAAAAUUCAAGUGA